AUGGCAAACUUGGAAGCGAUUGUUCAUUUACCAACGUAUGUAGCACUGAAAGCAACAUACGGUGGUGCACCAUUCAAGUAUUUGGGCGUGGAAGAUGACGGCAAACUUGCGUAUACCACUAAUAAAGUGGUGAGUGAUCGAGCCAAGUUUGCCGUCGAGUCUGCCGGAGAUGGUAUAGUUCAUAUCAGAUCUUGCUAUAACAACAAAUAUUGGGUCAGGUCAUCGGAAAGCGAAAAUUGGAUAGUUGCAACAUCAAGAGAUGCGGUGGAAGACAAAAGGGCAUGGAAUUGUACAUUGUUUCGGGCCGACGUUAGUUACGACGGGAAGACAGUGAAGUUCGUUCAUAUUCAACUUGGAAUAAAUGUAGGGAGACGUGAUGUUGCUUGGGAUCGUGAGAUGUACUUGUGCUUGGAACCUCUUGCCACCACCAUAGACGUGUCUGCUGUGGUGGAUUACGGAACAAUUGUUAUACUUCCUCAAUAUGUUGCAUUUAAGGAACAAGAAGGUCUCUAUUUAAAGACUUCUCCGAUGCCAUGCGAAGUUCCGUACUUCAGUUCUAACGAUGUUGGGGAUGCAGGCAAUGCGUACGAAAUCUGUACCACUCGUGAUGGCCACAUCUAUGUCACGAAUGAUGAUGUUAAGAGUGGCCUUUAUUGGGAUGCGUUAUUUUAUCACAAUGAUGAUGUUAUCCGCAUCUUGCCUGAAAAGACAUUAAUUUGUGACACAAAGUGUUUGUUUUCAGUGUUUAAGGUCGAUGUCAAUACCAUUGCUCUUCGCCACCUAUACACCAACAACUUUUUAAAAAUGCAAAAGUGGGUGCCAGAAUAUGAUUACCUGAUCGCCUCUUCAGAAGCUAUAACAAGAGAGUGUAGAUUACAAGUGGUAGAGCCUGUACUUGCACGCGAAGUCAAUAUUUUCGAAUUUCAUCGGGAUAGGGCUAGGAUCUACGGUCGCAGGCCUCUCACAAUGGCCGAAGGAGUAUCAAACAACCCAACCGACCAUGAGCAAGAGUACACACUUCAGUUUACCUAUACGAAAACUAGUACCAAGACUUGGAAUACUAGUAAAUCUGGGGCUGUGACUACCAAAGCUAUCAUUACCGGUGGAGUCCCUUUCAUUGCAAAUGGGACCUUAGAGAUCGGUUUAGAGAUUAAGAUACAGUGCGAUUUGGGAUGA